AUGGGGUUUCCAUGGAAGAAGGUGAAGAGCAGCAGCAGAAUUUCCCAAAUGGUGAAGGAUCAAUUUCACCACCGGAAGAACGCCGCCUCGCCUCUCGUCGUCGAGACCGGCUUUCCCACUUCCCUCGUUGAUCUCAUCGUCAAUCAUCGCGACCGCUUCAAGAAGCCAUCCCCCUCUCCCCGCUUCAAGAAGAAGCCGCCGCCGCCACCGCCGCCGUUUGAUCCGCCGCAGUCGCCGUUGCCCCCUCCGGCGCCAUCCCCCACGCCUCUGCCGCCCACCUCGCCAGUGCCCUCACCACCCAGAACCCCAAUCGCCACAACGGAUGCCCACGAAAUUGAUGAUAGCGGGGAAGGUCAAGAGGGUGCCUAUUCGAAUAAGGCGUUGGUGGCCCUUCUGAAGAUCUUCCUGCUCGUAGUUCUCGCUCUGGGGGCUAAGAAGUUCGCGGUUGGGAUCACCUUCUCGGCAUUCUUCUUGUUCUUUGUAGAUUACUUGGCAAGAAAUGUGUUCAGAUACGAGCACUUAGUGCCAUGUCCAGAAGUGCGGGAGAACUUGAGGCUUAUCAUCAGUAGAGUUGUUAGAUUAGAGGAAGAACCUCUGCAAAAGGAAGGGUCUUUAGAACUGCCACCAGAAAGCUCACAAUUUGAAGAAAUCCAGAUUGUGGCACCCAUUGACAAGGUUCCAUCUUAUUGUGGCAAAAGUUUCAGACCCGAAGGGAUAAAAUCAAUGGCGGAGCUAAUCGAGGAAGAUGAGGACAUAUAUGAAGUUCCUGAAUCCAAGAAUGUAAAGUCUCGCAGGGCUAAAAUGAAGUCAAGAAUGAAGAAACUUUUCCCAAAAAGGAUUGGGAAGACAGGAAAAGACCCGAAACUCGAAAUAAAUCCAACUCGAGAGGAAAACGAGUACCCUGAAUGUCCCGAAAGAGGAUUGGAACCUCCCACCAUGGCUAUGAACAUUACACCUGAUGUGAAAGAUAGCAAUUCUCUGGAGAAAUCAGAUUUUGUAGAAAGAGAGACGAAUUACGGUUACUUGUUUCUUAUUCUGGUUGCCCUUGUUGGACUAGUUACUGGAGGUCGAAUUUAUGCACUUCUUCUUACCUUGAUGUGGUGCUUCUUAUCAAAGGUGGGAGGAGCUAUAAGGAGAAGUGUAAAGGUUUCUUAA